AUGCGCCUAAACAUGAACAAAAUCGUGCUACUUUCCCUGGUGUCCUUGGCCGCGAGCGUGCCGGUGAUCGUGCAACAGAAUCAAAAUGAAUUUCAGCCUCAAUUACACGGAGGUUUUCAGCCGCUAGAAAGGUCUGAUCAGGAAGGUCUCGGCACUUCCUCGAGUGGAAGUUACGGCAGUGAUUAUGGCGGUAGCUACGGUGGUGGUAGCUACGGUGGCGGUGACUAUAGUGGUGGUAGCUAUAGUGGCGGAGAAUAUGGUGGUAGUUACGGCGGUGGCUUUGGCGGUGGUGACUUUGGCGGCGGUCACGGUGGAGGCCUCGAGGGAUCUUCCGGCGGACACUUGGAGUCUGGCGGUGACCACUUGGGCUCCGACUACUCUUCCCUGGGAGGUGGAUACGAAGGUGGAGACGAAGGUGGAGUUUCCCUUGACGGAGGUCACAGUGUAGUGCAAAGUGUUCCCGUGUCCGAGCAUGUUGAGGUAACGAAACCCGUACCGGUCAAGGUGGUUAAACACAUCGGGGUACCGGUUCCUCAGAUCUUGAAGAUAGGCGUACCCCACCCAGUGCCAGUCGGUGUUCCUCAACAGUACCCGGUAGCUCAUCCAGUUCCAAAAUUGGUUCCUGUACAAGUGAUAAAGACCGUCGCUGUGCCAGUGGAAAAGAAGGUUCCAUUCCCGGUUGAGAAGCAUAUUCCAGUACCAGUAGAAAAGCCCAUUCCUAUUACGAUCGAGAAGCACGUGCCGGUGCCAGUCAUCAAACCGUAUCCCAUAAAAAUACCCGUGUACAAAACGAUCUACCAUCACGCGAAGAAGCACUAAACUUUAGCGACUCGUUACGGAACGAUCCAUCCGACUGAUACUAAAACGACUGCACACACGUUCAUCGCUUUUGCUCACGGUUCGGUUCCAGAUUGAACAACUAUGAUGGAAUCGCGGUGAAUUUGAUCGUUGAGGCUGGCUAGAUUUAUGGCCGACUAAAUUUUAAUUG